AUGGAGUUCUCGAACUCCUUCGAAGUUAGUGGGCCGUACAGGUGGUCUCCUGACGGUUCCAUGGUCGCGACGUGCUCGGGCAACCGCCUGUUUGUGCGAGACACCGCAUCUCUGAUGAUUAUCAACAUCUUCAGCAACCUCGAGACCGUCUCCAAGAUCGAAUGGUCCACAGAUAACCGCUAUAUCCUAUGCGCCAUGUACAAGUGCGGGACGGUGCAGGUUUGGGACGUCGACCACCCUGAGUGGUUGUGUAAGAUCCGAGAGGGACCAGCAGGCCUGUCCUUCAGUCAAUGGGUGCCAGGGGAGAGGCAGAUUCUCAACACGAACGAGUUCAACGUCAGGAUCACCGUCUGGUCUCUUUCCAGCGGAGCAGGGGUUGUCGCUUCCCUGAGGUCGCCGAAGUUCGCGGAGAAGGCCAUGGAUUUCAGCAGAGACAAGAAGUUCUUUGCGGUUGCCGAGAGAAAGGACUGCAAGGACUUUAUUCAGAUCUAUAGAACGGGAACUUGGAAUCCAAUCCAUCGCUUUCAAGUUGAAUCGAAGGACUUGGCAGACAUACGGUGGUCUCCGGAUGACAGGGUGAUUGGAGUGUGGGACACGACUCUGGAGUAUGCUUUCUUUGCAUAUUCGCCUGAAGGUCGAAUGCUGGGGAGAUAUCAGGCCUACACAGAUGCGCUAGGGAUCAAGAAUGUAUCAUGGGCGCCGUCGUCACAGUUUGUAGCGAUCGGGAGCUAUGAUUGCAAAACCAGGAUCCUGAACCAGCUCACGUGUGCCUGCAGCUUGCACAUGUCCUUCGCAAUCUCACAUUCUUCUGCCAGCUGGAGACCCAUACGGGAUUAUGAGCAUGAGCAGGAAGUCUCACACAAGCAGGCUCUGCCCACUCUUGGCGAUCAUGCGGCUCAUGCUGUUUCGAAAAGCACAUACAAGCUCCUCGACGAAAUCAAUUCCAAGGUCAGAAUUCCUUCGGUCAAGUGCAACCCUGAAAAAGCAAACCCGAAGAUGGGAAUCGGCCUUCUGAAUUGGAGUUGUGAUAGCAGUCUUCUUUGUACUCGGGCAGACAACAUGCCCAACGCCCUCUUCAUCUGGGACGCUCUGAAGCUCGAGUUGUUCUCGGUGAUUGUCCAGUUGGCCCCCAUCAAGGCGUUCAGGUGGCAUCCCAAGGAGUGCAAACUCGCGGUAUGCACUGGCGGAAAGACGAUCUACUCGUGGUCUAGGGACGGCGCUUCCUGUAUACAGGUGCCACUCAACGACUUUGUGGUGCAAGAGAUCGAGUGGUCUCCGAGCGGCCAUGCCCUCUUCCUCUCGGUGGGUGGAUGA